CAGGGCCGCAGCGCGUGCGGUCUGUACACAGCGCAUGGGCGACCUGGUGCCAACUCACCUCGUCAUCUGGGACAAUGGGCACCAUAACGUGAUAAAGCUGAAAGCUUCAGGCUGGGCCACGUUGGACAACGGCCGGGCGAUGCGAAUUAACAGGAUGGGGCGG